AUGGCUUCGUUCGGCCAGCAGGCGGCUCCUCGAGGGCCGUCACGACACCCUCCCCAUGGCGGGUACGCCCCCCCUCAGAUGGCCGCUGCCGCUGCUGGUGCGCCCGCGGGCACCUUCGCCUCCGGGACCAAGAUCCAGGUCGGCGGCCACCGAGUAGUCAUACAGAAAUACCUCUCAGAGGGCGGCUUCGCGCACGUGUACCUCGUCAAGAUGCCGCAGCCCGUCGACGGCACCGACCUCGCCGUCCUCAAGCGAGUCGCCGUGCCCGAUAAGGAGGCCCUGCGGGGCAUGCGCACCGAGGUCGAGACGAUGAAGAGGCUAAAGGGCCACCGCAUGAUCGUCACGUACAUCGACUCGCACGCCUCCGAGCUCAAGGGGGGCGGCUACGAGGUGUUCCUCCUCAUGGAGUACUGCAGCGGCGGCGGCCUGAUCGACUUCAUGAACACCCGCCUCCAGCACCGCCUGACUGAGCCCGAGAUCCUCAACAUCUUCUGCGACAUCGCCGAGGGGGUCGCCUGCAUGCACUACCUGAAGCCUCCUCUGCUGCACCGGGACCUGAAGAUCGAGAACGUCCUCAUCACCAGCAAGGGGUCGGCCAAGCGUUUCAAGCUGUGUGAUUUCGGGUCCGCCUCACCGCCCAAGCCAGCGCCGACGACCGUGGCCGAGUGUCGAUUGAUGGACGAGGAUGUCCAGAAGCACACCACCCUCCAAUAUCGGAGUCCUGAGAUGGUUGACGUCUACCGGAAGCAGCCUAUGGACGAGAAGUCUGACAUCUGGGCGCUCGGUGUCUUCCUUUAUAAGCUUUGCUACUAUACCACGCCCUUUGAGGACCAGGGACAAUUAGCCAUCCUGAACGCUACGUCGAUGUUGAGAGAACAAAUGCAGUCACGACCGAAUAUAUACCAAAUCCUGAAGGAGGCAUGCGAGAUGCAGGGCCGCAAAGUGCCUAUCCACGAUAUUUACUCAGGGCGAUCCCAUUCCGAAACCCGAAAGCUGGAGAAGCCUUUACCCAAAGAACCAACGUCGUCAGGAUCACCUGCUGUUGGUGCUGUCUGGUCACCACCGGUCGAAGAAAAGCCAAAACUGCCCGAUAUUACUCCCAUGAGAAGAGGACGGCCUGCGGCAUCCCCUGCUCCAGGGCCAAAGCCAAACGCUCCCCGUGCUGGUGGAGGUGAUCCUUUUGCUGCUCUGGAUUCGACAGCAGCUGUACCAGCCGGUGCACCUGGCGCGUCCUCGCCUGAUAAUUUCUCGUCAAGGUUCCCUUCCCUCGACCAGUUUUCUUUACUUCAUGACCAGGGAUCCAAGUUCGAUUUUGGUGACGACCCCAACUCUCCUCAGACACAGGCACCUGCUGUGGGAGAAGCGAACAACAAGAUUACGGAGCGCUUGGCAGAUGAAGUGUUUGCAUCCAACAAACCUAGUCCCCCGACACCCAAGGUCAUUUCUAGGCCUGCUUCUGCCAGUCCGGCCCAACCCAGCCCCAGACCUGCUCCGCAACAGCUGGAGUCGUCGAAACCGAGAGUCCCUGUUCAACCCAGGCCUGAAAUCAGUCGGGCUCAGUCCAUUAUUAGCAGCAACCCGGAGUUACAGGCCAUAUCUACUUCAUCUGCCAAUUAUGUAUCCACCGGCACUUCGACUGAUGACCUGCCUUUUGAUCCUCAGGCUAGGCUUCCAUAUAGAUCAGCACCGAUUCAGACUGAGCAGCCUCGCCGCUCAUUGAGUCGUUCUAGGCAACCUGAUCUGGCAGCCGAGCAAGCUCACCCAGGUGAUGUUCGUACGAGUUCAAACUCUCGAUUGACAUCCAACUUUUCUUCACAUAUCCGAAAUCCUUCACAGUCUCGGCAGGUGUUGGAAAGUAGCCAACCUCCCUCGGAUAUUGAGGUAGCCCCACGCAAGAACAGUCUCCAUGUCAGCCGCUCUCGUCCACAGAGCGUGAAUUACGAAUCCAGCACUACCAUUGACUAUCUACGCGAGAGAGAGUCGAUGCCUCGCGCUCAAAACCGCCUGGCGCAGCCUUCUCCUAGAGGCUCGCCAAGGAUUCCGUCUCCAAAUAUGAUUUCCACGGAAGAUGAGCCGAGAGCCGAGAAAAAUGACCUGGAUUUUCUCAGGAGCAUGGAAGAUUCCGAAACCAAGACCUCAAACAAGCGUUCCAGCCUGUCAUCACUCUCUGGAUCCAAGCAGAUGCUUGCAAGCCGGUUCGGCGAGGCCUUCAAACGAUUCGAAACAACUCCAACACCCCCUCCUCCUGCUGGAAGACGAGACUUGACACCGAUUGCUGGAUCUGAGGCUACGGAUGGUCGAAGUGAUGAUGGAAAGUUUGACGACGAUUACGAGUCGAUGACUCCGGAAGCGCGGCGGGAAAUGGAGAGACGAAAACUCGAGGAGGAGGAGCAGAGGGUCGAAGCUGCCCAGGCUGAGUACCGCAGACGCGUAGCAGAAGGUGGCUCUGCAUCGGAGUCCGCAGCACUUCCCAGAAGCAUCGGAGGAGUUCCACGUGCGAAGAGCAUUCAGAACCGAGUGCAGAAUCUUCUCAAUGAAGACCAGCGUACAUCCACCACCGUGCAUAAGACUGCAGAAGGCUAUGGCAAGUACUCGGAUGCGGCUACUGCAGCGAGCAAGGUCGAGAGGCAGCCGCCCGAGAUCCCGCGGAAGCCCGUGGUGCCCUCCAAACCCACGGGGAGAGGCCCAGCUUCCCCGGUUAUCCCCACGACGCCAAAACCACAACUGAAGCCAGUGGCUCCCAAGAAGCCGGGCCACUUGAAUAGUAUUCCAACUGGAAAUCGGCCUCCUUCUCCCCCAAAGAGGAGUCAAACGGCGGGUUCAGAACAGCUCAUUGCCUUUGACCUGCCUGGCCAGCCAGCGCUAGAGAUGUCAGGCGACGACAAGGACAAUUAUAUUCGAGACUUCUCCCAGAGAUUUCCCAGCCUAAGUGCCAUGGAAGGUGCUGGGCCUAGACAGUGA